AUGGCUACAGCUCAGCAAACCCGUACCCGCGCCGCUCGUCUAGGCGCUGCCCACGGCAACAGACCCCUCCAGGUGCCCAAGGAAUUCAACACCGCCGUCAGCCAUGUCCUCGGCACCACACCAACGGCCACCGUCACGCCUGUGUCCUCCGCCGCCCUGUUUCUGACCAACCUCAAAUUGCUGGAUCUGGACCUGGUGGUUGGCUGGCCGGGCAUUUCCAUCGAUACUUUUGCUGCUGCGGGUGCUGCCGGCGCCCAAGGGCAGAAGAAACGGAUCCAAUGCGUCGAGUGGGCACUCUUCCACCUCUUUGCCCUGUGGGAUCCCGAAGAGACGGCAAAUAAACUGAAACCCUUCUUUCCCCCGCUCGACCAUGUCCAAAGUCUCAAUCUCCGCGCCGCCCUCCUCCGAUGUCUCGAGCAGGCCAAGAAGAAUGGGGCCCUGGGCCGGGACGCCAUUCUCCGGAAGACGAUGCUGGACGACUGCAAGGGCGAGCGGCUGGAGGAUCUCCUGGCCGCCUUCUCCUCCGCCGUGCUCAAGAAGGUCGUGUCGCAAGAGUCUGCCGCCAGCGGCGAGCACCCGCCGCUCGCCCUGUCCAUCGCCCUAGAGAACAGGGGCUACACGGGUGACAAGACGGAGCUGAGCCUCCUCGUCCUCGCACACAAGGCGUCUCUGCAUCGGCUCAAGCGAAACAAGGAGGUCAAUGCAGCCAAGUUUCGAGACUUUGCCGAUCUGCUGGGGGUCAAGGAGAGGACCAUGGUCCGGAAGAAGGAGGAAGCUCGCCUGAGGGCGGAGAAGGGAUCGUCCAAGACCGUCUCGGAUGAAGCGAGGCUUGAGAUGUGGAGGACUCUGCGUAACAACUGGUCUGGCAAUGAGCGAUGGAUGGAGACCCUGCUCUACGGCGAUGCAUCCGUCAAGAAUGACGGUCCGUUUGGCAUGCCGUUUGAGAGGAUGUGGAGGCGAGUUCAGCAAAGCAGACUGGCAGAGGUGGAGAGUCAAGAUAGCGGGCUUCUGGAACAGCUCGAGGGUCGAGUGAAUGCACACAAAGAGAGGCUCGAGAGGUGGCAGAGAUAUAGGAACGCGAUGUUUCCUCAGGGUCAGGCCAACGAGUCGCCGUCAAAACGCCCGGCGCCGGUGAAAUCAAAGAAGGGAGUCGACUUCGGAUUCCGCCAACAUGAGAAUCUCGUGCUUGGGGGAAUGAGCCCUGGGAAGCGGCAAUCUGGAUUAGGGGGUCGGAUGACGGGUGAAUAUCACGAUAUGCUGAACGGACUCAAGAAGGAGUUGGCAAAUGUGGACCAGACCCAGCCAACGGCUCUUUUGUUCCUUCAGCAGAGGAGGAAGCAUGUAAAGAGGAUAUCUGGUGCUUCCGACCAAUUUUCCGAAAUCAGCUCUUUGGGAGACGACAGCUUGGAGAUGUCCCCAGUGGAAGAAGCGGAACCUUCUCCGCCAUUUAAGAGCAAACCUGAUGCCCCGCGAAGACUCGUCAGACCAAAUCUCGCUCGACCCGAUCUCGGGUCUUUCAAAUACCCUAACGCUGCCUCCAACUCCGAGGCAAACAGCGUGGCAUCUCCCGAUAAAUCGGAGGACGGUUACUCGCACCACUCCUCCAAUCCUUCUACUCCACGGGAGAGGUCGACUUCGCGUCAUUCGCCAAACGGGGUUCGCAUCACAAACACUAAUGACGGCCCCAUUACCGAAUCUCCUACGCAGGAGCUCGCCGACCAAAUUCUCGAGUCUAUGAACCACGUGUCGCCUUCGCCCACCAAGCGACGACCAAAAGCGCGCCACACACUUUCCCUCGCGGAACGAACUCGCCUAUCGAUGGCACCCCGUGGCACGUCACUGUUUUUAGAGGACGAGGAGGACCAGGAAGACGAUGAGCCCACUGUGACUCUCAACAUACCUCUGAACGACACGACCACCGAGAUAGAUCCCAAUGCGGAAGUGGAGGAUGAUCUCAUCAGCCGCACACGCAAGAGCAUGGCCGGCUUUGAGAAGGCACGGCAGAAAGCCCAGCUAGAGCGACGCCGAUCGCAACGCAAAUCGAGGGCCCCUCCCCCGCCCAGAGAAAGUAACUUCCCCAGACUGGACGAGGAAGGUGAUGUGCUGGCUGAGGAGCUGAUGGCCGAGGAAGACAUGGAGGCGGUUUUCCGCUCCAGGCCUAAGAUCCAGGCUAGCCCGCUGCCAAGCCCCACGAAGGAGUUGGAAGAGUGGGAUGAUUAG